AGUCUGGCUAGCCAGGCAUGAGCAGCAGCUCAUGGGAGACUCUGUCAACAAAUUUCAAAAUUCAGUCUAUACGAAUUUUGCAAACGCUUAACAUCGACGCCGGCGAGAAAUAUAAAAGCUAAGUGAGUUAAAAAAACGAACGACGGCAAAAAAAUUCAGUACCCACCACAAAGAGGCAAACAUAUGACGUAAUCAGCUGCAUUUAGCAUCCUGACCUUUCAAAAUGGGCAGAAAUAAAAUGUAUUUUCUGCUUUUGGCCUUGGCCAUUUUUAUGGCCAGUAUGGAUGCAGUAGCUGAGGCCAAACUUGGAAAAUCACGCAAAUCAAGCUAUAAAUCACCCUCAAGCGGUAGAAGCAGUAGCAGCCGCGGAAGCAGUCAUAGUCAUAGCAGCAGUCAUAGUAGCAGUCAUAGCAGCAGUCAUGGCAGCAGUCAUGGCAGCAGUCAUGGCAGCAGUCAUGGUAGCAGCAGUCAUGGCAGCAGCAGUCAUGGUAGUAGCAGUCAUGGCAGCAGCAGUCAUAGCAGCGGUUCAAAAGGCGGUGGUCUUUUCGGAGGACUUUUUGGUGGAGGUUCAAAGAAAACGAGUACUGCGGAACACCAUAAACCUGUGGAACACCAUAAACCUGUGGAACACCACAAACCUGUAGAACACCACAAACCUGUAGAACACAAUACACCUGUCGACCAUCACUCAUCUCAUCACAAACCUCAUGAACCCUCGGCACCUCCAUUACCUAGUGGUCAUCACAACUCGGAAAUACAAAAAACCCAUGUAAAUGAUCACCACCAAUCGCCUGGUAGUCAUCAUAAGCCCUAUGAACCUUCAGCUCCUCCAUUGCCGAAUGGUCAUCACAACUCGGAAAUACAAAAAACCCAUGUAAAUGAUCACCACCAAUUGCCUGGUAGUCAUCAUAAGCCCUAUGAACCUUCAGCUCCUCCAUUGCCGAAUGGUCAUCAAAACUCGGAAAUACAAAAAACACAUCUAAAUGAUCACCACCAAACGCCUGGUAGUCAUCAUAAGCCCUAUGAACCUUCAGCUCCUCCAUUGCCGAACAAUCAUCUUCAACAACCUGGCCAUCAUCAGCAGCCAGGACAUCAACAACCUGGUCGCUACGAACCCUCUGCUCCUCCCCUGCCAAACGAUCAUCACAACCCAAUCAAUAAAGUUAACCAGAAUCAAAUUUCAUCUGGACAUACACCAGGCCAUUAUCCUCCUUCUGGUCAACACAAUCCCUCCGCCCCGUAUCCUCCUCAAAAUACUCAUCCAAACAUGCAUCAAGUUCCUCCACCUCACAAUGUACAUGCUAGUUAUCCUCAACAAAACUCACAUCCCAACUUUCAUCAAGGACCACCUCCUAACUUCCAUCAAGGACCACCACCUAACUUCCAUCAAGGACCGCCACCAAACAAUGGCCACGCCAGUUAUCCCCAACAAACUUAUCACCCCAGUUACCCUCAACAAACUUAUCACCCCAGUUAUCCCCAACAAACUUUCCAUCCCACUUAUCAUCAAGGAGCACCGCCACAAAUAAUACAUCAUAACUAUGUGCAAACUCCACAUGUACCCACCGUUGUAGUGCAACAACCCGUUGUGUAUGAGAAGAGGCGAUUCGGUGACGAUCUUGCCAUGUAUAUGCUGCUUCACCGCCACCAUCAUCACAGACAUCACACCCAUGUCCACAAUCACUACCACAACGAUGAUAUUAAUGCCAAUAACAGGAACAGCAAUAGCGAUGCAAACAAUUCCAAGACCUCUGUAAUUGUAAUUAAUAAUGGAGUUCCACAAGUAAAUCCACAAGUUUAUCCCAUCGACCAACUUGAUUGCAAGCAAGAAAGAACCAACGGAAUAGACAAAGAGAUUUGUUACACUAAAACUGCCGUAAAUGCCAUAGCUCCACCAAAUGCCAACGAUAUGGUUUGUUCCAAAUCACAAGUUAGUCAACCUGAUCCUAACAACAGUGCCAAUACAAUUAUCGUAGAAAAAGAGGUUUGUCAAUUGAAAAAUACAAAUGCCUCUAUGGUUGCACCACCACCACCUGGGCAAUAUCCACCAGGACCACCGAAUCCACCACAGCUUCAAUAUCCUCAGGGACAGUUACCCCCUGCACUCUAUAAUGCUCCUUUAGCACAAAACUCUCUUGAAUCUAAUCCAGUUCCACAAAUUCCAACUGGGCCUCCCAUAAUACCCAAUGGUGAAAUUGUUUGCUUUAAAGUCAAACUGAAUGAAACAGACCCCAAGAGCAUCGACAACACCACCACAAUAGAAGUUGAGAAGGAAGUUUGCUAUCCAGCUUCGUUUUUGAAUCAACCAGAUGGGAAAUUUCCAGAAGGUGAUGUGGAAUGCAAUAAAAUGAAUGUCACCGAACCAGAUCCUCAAAAUGCCACCAGCACCAUACAGGUGUUAAAAGAAGUUUGUUUACCAGUCUCCAGCUUGACAGCAAGUCCACCCAGCAAUGAAAUCGUUUGUAAUACCAUGAAAAUAAACCAAACGGAUCCUAACGAUAGCACCAAGCUUUUAGAGGUAGACCAGGAGUUGUGCUAUCCAGCUGACUUCUUAAGGCAGUUUCCACCGGGACAAUUUCCAACAAGUAAUGUGGACUGCUACAGAAUGAACAUCACUCAAACCGAUCCACAAAAUGCCACAAAUCUCAUACAGGUAGAAAAGAAUGUUUGUUACCCAGCCGCCAUACCAGCACCUGAGCAAUAUCAACCUAGUCAAGCGGCUCCACCUAAUCAGUCCCAGCCUGGGCAAAAUUAUUCUCCUAACCAAUACGCUCCCACCAAUCAGCAAUAUCAACCUGGCCAAUUGGAUCCUGCACAAAAUUAUUCUCCAAAUCAAUAUAAUCCCACCAAUCAGUAUCCACCAAAUGGCCAAUAUCCUUAUCCUAAUCAAUAUCCAGCAUACGACAAGUAUCCAAAUAAUCAAUACUCUCCCACCCAGUAUCCUCAGAUUAAUCAGGCAACACAGGAAAAGAAUUCCGCUUUCGAUUUUAAGCGAAAUUUUAGUGGCCUUAGCCUCAUACCUACCAUAGCCGCAUUGUUAUUUGCUUUCAAUUAGAAUUUCUGAUAAUUACUCGAAUCUGGUAUCAAAUGUAUGUUAGAAUCACUUAAGAUAUAUAACACAUAUAUAUUUAUAUACUCUUAUAUGCAUAUACUCAUACAUGCAUGCAUAUAUUUCCUCCGUAGGAGUUUAUAUAACAACACUUAAUUGUGAUAAGUUCUCAGGUAUAUUUGAAACAUUUUACCUAAAUUUUAUUUUUUUUUUCUAAUUUUCUUAUUGUUCAAAAUUUUUUAAAAACAUUCACAUUAAAUCAUUAAAAUUGUUGGAGCCAGGAUUAUCUGGUUCUGUUAACAUUUAAAAUUUGCAUUUUAAGAAAAUAAAGAACACAGUUGACUUUUAUU